GCAGUCACUUCGUAGAAGCCCCACUGAGCGAUACGUCCAGCAGGUCUUCUGUGAAGAUUGAAGCCCCCUUUUUGCGAACGAGAUAUUGGUCUGGUAUUUUGAUAUUACCACACGGUAUCGUCCACGCAAAAUUAUCAUGUCGGAUAAUUUAGUUCUGGAUGGUGAAGUCCGAGAGGGCUUCAUCCUUCUGGGAAAAAAGGGAGUUUAUAAGGUGGAAAAGUUCCUCGGUGAAGGAUCAUUUGGUAGAGUUGCCAAAUGUAAGAAACUGGGAACUGAUAAAGUUGUAGCCAUCAAAAUCGUUUCUGGCUCAGCCCAAACGGAAAUCAACCUCCUGAAGGAGCUCAGCAAGAUCGACGGCGACAAGCACAACUUAGUGAAGAUGGUGGACUGCUUUCGUUAUAAAAGCUACACCUGCAUCGCAAUGGAACUACUGGAUCAGAGCCUUUAUGAUUUCAUGCGGGAAAGGUACAACCAGCCCCUGACUGUAGAGGAAAUCAAAACCAUCGCCUGGCAGAUGAUAGUUGCCCUGAAAGGCCUGGAAAGCAUCAACUUGGUCCACUGUGACAUUAAACUAGAUAAUAUCAUGCUAGUGGACCAGGUUUCAGAGCCGUUCAGGGUCAAACUCAUCGAUUUCGGUGUGUCAGAUAAAAUUACAAACAUGCGCACUGGACGUCUGAUGCAGAACAUGGUCUACAGGGCACCCGAAGUCCACCUGGGUCUGCCCUUAGACCAGCGUGUAGACAUGUGGUCACUGGGCUACGUUCUCUGUGUGCUGUACACGGGCACCUUCAUCCAUGGGUGGGACUCUGAAUAUGACAUCAUCAGAGCCAUGGUGAACAUGCAAGGCAUGCCUGAGCAGAAAGUCCUGAACCAGGGGCUUUAUACGGAAAGUUUCUUCACUAAAACGGAAGAAAACUCCGGAAAAAAUCUCUGGAAGCUGGACACACCCCUACAGCAAUCCCUGAAAACAGAGAAAUCGGUCAGUGACAGGUUUGAUUUCUGGUCCUUUGACCAACUCAUCCCUGACCAUUUGGAGGCAGCAAAGAAGAGAGAAGUGGAACAGUUUGUGGACCUGCUGAAGCGGAUGCUGAUGAUGGAUCCAAGCAAACGCAUCUCUCCAAGUGAAGCGCUGCGACAUCCGUUCUUCACUUUGGGGAGGAUGCAGCCCACUGCUGGCAGCAACAACACCAAACCUGCAGCAGUGGAGGUCCACCAGCAGCAUGAAGCAACACAGGCCACAAACGUUCCUCAAAGACCAGCUGCUGUUCUCCAGGAGUCCCACAAGCCUGAAAAGAAACCAGGCAGGAUCCAACAACAGAGAGACGCCAUAAAAAACCACCAAGGCGCUCGAAGGAAGAGGAAUCCUGCCACCCAGCAGAAUCGGGACUUUGGACAGAGAUUACAAACUGAGGCAGAAAUUAGAAGAAGACGCUUUAUCUACAACCUGAGCCUGUGGAUUGUGCCUUCAAUGAGGAAAACAUCCUGCAUUGUUGCUGUCCCUAAGAAGAGUUGCUCCAGCGAGCUGAAUGACUACAGCCCAGUCCCCUUCACUUCACACAUCAUCAAGACGCUUGAGCGACUGGUCCUGCAGCUUCUGGGACCUCAGGUCCAGCGUGGAAAGGACACUCCAGUUUGCCUACCAAGUGAAGAAUCCUUAAAAAUACCCUUCCCCCCCACCCCUCCCCCACCCUCU